CGCGCUGCUGCUUGGCGGCCGAGUUCUCGUCUCCUUGACUUGCUCUUCAUUACUUCCAAAUAUGUAUUAACGUUUCCUGUGUGCCAGUCACCAGGUAAACCGUGGGGACAAAAAGUGAGAAAAAGCACACGCCCCCACCAUGCCCUCGUGGAACUCACUCGCAGGCUGGUGGGGGAGGAAGACAUUGAUCAGAGAAUCUCUGGGAUAAAUUUCUGUUAUGAGUUGCUAAAAUCAUGGUGAAAUGUUGCUCGGCCAUUGGAUGUGCUUCUCGCUGUUUGCCAAAUUCCAAGUUAAAAGGACUGACAUUUCACGUAUUCCCCACAGAUGAAAAUGUCAAAAGAAAGUGGGUCCUAGCAAUGAAAAGACUUGAUGUGAAUGCUGCAGGCAUUUGGGAGCCUAAAAAAGGAGAUGUAUUGUGUUCCAGGCACUUUAAGAAGACAGAUUUUGACAGAAGUGCUCCAAAUAUUAAACUGAAGCCUGGAGUCAUACCUUCUAUCUUUGAGUCCCCAUCUCACUUACAGGGGAAAAGAGAGAAGCUUCACUGUAGGAAAAACUUCACCCUCAAAACACUUCCCGUCACAAACCGCAAUCGCCAGUUGGUUGGUGCUUCCUCGUGUGUGGAAGAAUUCCAAUCCCAGUUCAUAUUUGAGCAUAGCUACAGUGUAAUGGACAGCCCAAAGAAACUUAAGCAUAAAUUAGAUCAUGUGAUCAGCGAGCUAGAAGAUACCAAGAAAAGUCUGAGGAAUGUUUUAGACCGAGAAAAACGUUUCCAGAAAUCCUUGAGGAAGACAAUCAGGGAAUUAAAGGAUGAAUGUCUCAUCAGCCAAGAAACGGCAAACAGACUAGAAGCUUUCUGCUGGGAGUGUUGUCAGGAAAGCAUAGAACGAGACUAUUUCGUGAAAUGAUUUUGUGUUAUGUCCUACCUAAAACUGACAUUGGUACAGCCUUUUAGAAAAUAAUUCUCACUUACCAUCAGUAAAUAGUACCUGUCAUUUAGAGUGCUUCCUUGGGUCCUCUGCAGCAUUCCGUAUUAUAGUUGUUAUCAAAGGCUUCUUUUGAAGACAUGCAGAAAUUUGCGCUCAGUUAUCAUGUUUUUGUGUGACUUGUGACAAUUGUGUUUUUGUAGACCUAAACUAGUGCCAGGUCACUAUUGUAAGAUGUUAAAAGAUCAAGAAAGUUCUGCAGGACUGAGGAAAUUAUGUCAAAUCAGCCACAUUAAGCUGUAGUGGUAGGAACUUGGUACUUCUUCAGUGGCCUCAGAUUUUUGGCUUCAAAGGAGUGCCUUUACUUAUGUGUGCUUUAGGGUAAGUACGUUGAAUUGUACUUGAAAUGUACUUUACUAUAAAGCAGAAUUCAUUUAUAACACAAAUCCGUCUUGGAUCCAAUCCAAGGUGCUUUUGUUACCAUUAAUAGCAAAAGAUCUUUUUACAAGGCAUCCCGUGGCGCUAGCCCUGAGAACAGCAUACAGUGCAGAACUUCUGACUUUUAAUGUUGUUCAGAGCCAAGUUAAGAAGACCCCUGAUGAAGUUUCAGUUUUUCGGGACACACGUCAUCCUCCUCACUAGGAGCACGUUGAUGUAAACCAGCCUAGCUUUAAAAAAUGGUAAAGGGUCAUAAAUCUGAUUUUUAAAUGGUUCAUUACUCUGACAGUUCUCCUGAACAUUUUGUUUCAUGAUUGUUAUUUCAUCAUAAAAAUAUAUCUUCAAAAUCCGAAUGCCAGCACGAGCUGGAUACUUUGAAUGCUGCUUAUAUUUUGCAGAAAGUAAUAUUGCUGGCAUUUUUAAAAAUACGAAAUAUAGAAGAAACCAUUUAAAAAUAAUGUUAUGGCUCUUCCAGUUGAAAUAGGAUUGGAGAAAAGGUUACAAUAUUUCCUGUAAUUAGGAGAGUAGAUUACUAUCCAAGAGGUUUUAUUUAAAGACUAGGCAAGGAAAACAGCAGCUUUAGAAUAGCUUUUUGCUGAACUUACAAAAGAAUAACUCUUAGCUAUUUUUUGAUUGAUUCAAGUAUCAGAAAUUUAGGUUGUCUCCUAAUUUCUUAGUAAAAACAACUGAAAUUAAGAGCCAUAGAUACUGUGGUUAAAGUAAAAAUUACUAGCCCAAAGCCAAAUUCUACUUUGAAACACAUGUACAUCUAUGAACCUCAUUCAGGUGUCUAUGCUAUAGUAGUUAGAAUUUGAGUAUCAGUUAUUUCAGUGUGUUAACUAGAAAUGAACUGUGUUUUGUGCUGAAAUGCUCAUUGUAAUUUUAUUUGUGUUAUAUUAAUAUCAGUAAGGAUAUGGUCACGUGAAUUUUUUUUAUAUUUAAGAAUUUUCUGUGUUAAUGCAUGUCAUAUUUCUAUGUAGGAUUCCAAACCUUCCCUCUAAGCGGGAUUUUACCCACAUUUGAGAAAUGAGUAUUAUGCUAAGAAGAAAUCACCAAGGUCAUCUUUUUACUACCUUAAAACAAAACCUCUCAUUAGCUACUCAUUAUUUAUUUUAGUAAUUUAAUUUUGAAUUCAUAAUGGACACUCUAAUGGAGUUUGAGUGUGAUCUUGGAUUUUAUGGAGAUUCUGUGAUAGAGGUGGAGACCUUUUCCCUCACCUUUUUUUUUGAGUAUAAAAAUUAAAGUCAAUGGAGAAUGGAGAAAAGUAAGAGGAUAGCUCCAAUUCUGUGGAUCCAUUGUCUAAAUUCUGUUAUCCGGUGUCUGAUUCUAGCUCUACUGGCUGCUUAGAAUAAAUCAAGCACAGGAGACCUCUCCAAGAGUCAAGUCCCAGUUUCUGCCACCAUCUCAGUUGCCACAGUCACUUUACUACAUAUUCAGAGAGAAUUCAGCCCUCGUCUUCUUUUUUAUUGGUCUUAGUGUCACUGAGAGAGAGCAAGAACUGUUGGCCAAAUAUUGGUAUCAUCAAGGACCUGGAGCCACCCAUUUGCUCUUUAUUUUUAUGGAGAAAUGAUUACCGGUAGAAAUCUGAUAUAAGAAGUAGGGUCCUUCCCACCUGCCACCCCAAACGAAUGCCUGAACACAGUGUAUACCUCAGUCCACUGUUCCCAGAGGUUCCAGUUUGGCCUGGGGAAGAACUGUCCUGUGCAGAGCACAACCAGUCAUCCCCCACCAGAGGGCCCUCAGGCCCCGAGCCCAGCCUAAGGACCUCACUUUCCUUUAAAGCUGGGCGUGGCCUCCAGAUCCUGGAACAAACCAAUACACCACUUCAACCUCAGCACCAAAUCAGGUACGAAGGACUUGACAUGGCAUUUUUCUCCAUAUCAAGUUUAAAUCUCUAGAAAUAGACUUUGGUUGCUAAAGAUAAUCACAAUUAUACCAUAGUCUUUGAUUUGAGAGAUGUAUUAAAAUAUAUAUUUUAGUUUUAAUAAAAAGAUGAAAUUACUACAGAAAUAAUGGAGAGGUGAAGAAUCCAUUAUAUAUUUGAAAAAUAAAAUAUUUUCUCCAUUAA